UAUCCCACUUUUCUUUGCUCAUUCCAUUCUAUUGCCUUUCUCUUUGGAGAGUCAGCAAAUCCAAAAAGAAAAUCUCAUUGAACUUUUCAUCACUCUAUUCUCUUUAGCUCUUUUGCUUGUUUACUAAAUCCUUCAACAUGAACCUCUUGACACCAUCAUCUUCAUCCACCCUCACUUUGGACCCAUCCAAAGGUGCCACUGCAGGGUAUCUCACAACAAUCUUUCGCAGGAUUCUCUGCUCUGGUGGCCUUCCAACACACCCCUUAGACCAAAUCAGCGAACGUGAUUCAAAGUCAAAGAUGAGUGGCAAAGUUCAAGAAUUUAAACCUAAGCAAAGCACUCAAUCUACCACCACCUCUACUAUUACUCCUGGAAUAGUAGAAAGGUUAAUGGGCUUGGAACCAAUGGGAGAGAGAGAAACAAAAACCAGCAUUGAAGCAACACCAAGUUCUUCACUUUCACGUAGCAAAUCCAUGAACUCUGUUGUGGAGCACUUGGGCGAAUGCAAGCGAAUGGAGGGCCUUCACAAGCAUGCUAAAUCUUCAUCAUUCCACGAGGUUUCAACUUUCUACUUGCAUGAAAAUGAGAACUUCUUGGUACUCAGCUUCAAAAGCGGAUGUGAUGAUGGUGUAGAAUUCAGGUCCAAGGGGAGAAAAAAAGAAAAGGGUUUGAAGGAGAGGGGUGAGUUCAAGAAAAACAAGAGAGAAAAUGUGCAUGAUGAGAAGGUGAACUUGUCUGACAUGUCUUCUGCCAAUGUUGGAAACGAUGGUUGUCAACAUAAACUUCAAUUUGCCAACACUUCGCCACUGUUCAUGGGCUUGUUUGAGAAGGAGAACGUUGAUUCAGAAACUAAGAGAUUCUCACACUCCAUGAAGAGCAAGGAAGUUACCAAUGGUGCGAAAGUGAAAAGGAGAAAGAAGGGAACAACAUGUUAUGCAGAAAAGAAGGUGGACACUGAAUGCAAUUCUGAAGAAGAUUCAAGCCCAGUUUCUAUCUUUGAUUUUGAGCGUCAAACUCCAAGAACAGAGGUGGAUUCUUUUGGUGUAGAUACAAGUUGGAGAAGAAAAUUGUCAUCAGAGCUUGAAAAUGAGCAGCUUUAUUGUGAUAAUAACAUGGUGAAUGAGGAGAUGAAGGUUAAUACAAUUGAGAACAACAAACAUGAAGGGUCAAAGAGAAAAGAGAAGCAAAGCCAUGAGUGUGCGGAUAUUUGGGUAGAAAUUUGUAGGCUAGUUGAUGAUGAAUUGGGAUCAAAUAAGUUUGAUGAAGGUUUGAGGAAACAAGGUAAUUUUGAAAGUGUAUGUGUAGAUUUUGAGUCUGAAAUUUUUGAUCAUUUGUUAUAUGAGGUCAUAGAUCAACUUGUUGGGAAAGCAUUGUGACUACAAAAUUUGUAAAACAAGAAAAUUAAUGAAGUGUAAAAAGAUUUUGAUUCU